CCCCCCCGCAACCCCGCCUGCGGGAGGAAAGCUUCGUACAGUUACCCGCGCUCGGUGGGCCAAUUUGACAGAGCAACUUUGUCCGGGGAGCGGCGCCGGGGGGGUGGAGGAAUAGGACACUGCGCAUGCGGAGCUCCAAAUUCAAACAGCUGUUUGCAGAGGCUGGAGAGCGCGUGGACCAGGAGCCGCUGGGGCUAGGGGAGGCUUUCUCCAGGAGGCAGCCGCUCAGGAGCCAUGGUGGACCGGGGCCCAUUGCUCACCUCGGCCAUCAUCUUCUACCUGGCCAUCGGGGCAGCGAUCUUCGAGGUGCUCGAGGAGCCGCACUGGAAAGAGGCCAAGAAAAACUACUAUACACAGAAACUGCAUCUGCUCAAGGAGUUCCCGUGUCUGGGCCAGGAGGGCCUGGACAAGAUCUUGCAGGUAGUAUCUGAUGCUGCAGGACAGGGUGUGGCCAUUACGGGGAAUCAGACCUUCAACAACUGGAACUGGCCCAACGCAAUGAUUUUUGCAGCCACGGUCAUCACUACCAUUGGCUAUGGCAAUGUGGCCCCCAAGACCCCUGCUGGGCGCCUCUUCUGUGUCUUCUAUGGUCUCUUUGGAGUGCCACUCUGCCUGACGUGGAUCAGUGCCCUGGGAAAGUUCUUCGGGGGACGUGCCAAGAGGUUGGGCCAGUUCCUCACCAAGAGAGGCGUGAGCCUGCGACAGGCGCAGAUCACGUGCACAGCCAUCUUCAUUGUAUGGGGCGUCCUGGUCCACCUGGUGAUCCCGCCCUUCGUGUUCAUGGUGACAGAGGAGUGGGACUACAUCGAGGGCCUCUACUACUCCUUCAUUACCAUCUCCACCAUCGGCUUCGGUGACUUUGUGGCUGGUGUGAACCCCAGCGCCAACUACCACGCCCUGUACCGCUACUUUGUGGAGCUCUGGAUCUACCUGGGGCUGGCCUGGCUGUCCCUUUUUGUCAACUGGAAGGUGAGCAUGUUUGUGGAGGUCCACAAGGCCAUCAAGAAGCGGCGGCGGCGGCGGAAGGAGUCUUUUGAGAGCUCCCCACACUCCAGAAAGGCUCUGCAAGUGACUGGGAGUACGGCAUCCAAGGACGUCAAUAUCUUCGGUUUUCUGUCCAAGAAGGAGGAGACCUACAAUGACCUCAUCAAGCAGAUCGGGAAGAAGGCAAUGAAGACGAGCGGGGCUGGGGAGAGGGUCCCAGCGCCGGGGCUGGGGCCCCAGGGGGGCGGGCUUCCAGCCCUCCCCACUUCCCUGUCCCCCCUGGUGGUUUACUCCAAGAACCGGGUGCCCAGCUUGGAAGAGGUAUCUCAGACGCUAAGGAGUAAAGGCCAUGUGUCGCGGCCCCCCAGCGAGGAGGCCGGGGCAGGGCCCCCCAAGGAGGGCUCCCCGACCUCCGAGGUCUUCAUUAACCAGCUGGACCGAAUCAGCGAGGAGGGUGAGCCGUGGGACGCCCAGGACUACCACCCGCUCAUCUUCCAGAACGUCAGCAUCACCUUUGCAAACGAGGAGGCCGGCCUCUCGGACGAGGAGACAUCCAAGUCCUCCAUAGAGGACAACCUGGCUGGGGAGGAGAGGCCCCAGGAGGGGACCGAAGCUGAGGUGCCCCUGAACCUGGGCGAGUUCCCGUCGUCCGACGAGUCCACCUUCACCAGCACUGAGUCGGAGCUCUCUCUGCCUUACGAACAGCUUAUGAACGAGUACAGUCAGUCAGACUGCCCCAGGGGCACGUGAGGCAGGCCCGGCUCCCCACCCCAACUCCGAUGGCUUCUGUUCCCCUCAUCCUGGGGCAUCCUACUACAGCUAGGACCUCUGGCCCCUGGUGGGGGGCAGCCCUGGAACUGGGAAUGGGGGGCCAGGGCCCUUCCUCACCUUCCAUCCCCUCCGGCGAGAUGCUGCGGGUCAGACUCGGCGUGCACCCAGGGCAGGGCCCCUGCUCUCUGGCUGAAUGGGCGCGCUGGCAGUGGGAGGCUGGUGUAUUUGGUGGUUCAGAGACAUGUGUGGCCUGGCAGGUGACCCUUCAGGAAGCCUGCACCUGCAUGGGUCUUCGGAUGUUUGGUUGAGCAUGUCACACGGUUUUCUUAGGCUCGGAGCCCCGGCCAUUUGAGUUCACCAGUAUUAAUGAGCUCCUGUGUGCCUAGCACGUAGCUAGUAUUUCAGAAGUGGGGGGAGGGCAUUAGGAGCCCUGGGUCCUGCCUUUGCAGGAGGUACAGCAGUGGUGUGGGGAGCGUUCCAGCUCCUCAGCAAAUAGCAGCGUGCUGCAUGGGAUGCCCGUAUAAGCAUCCCCCAACCCCACCCCAUGUGCCCACCAGGCCCUACUGCAAGCUCAGUAGGGAAGAGGCGCCCAGGGGAAGGGAGGGGAAGACCCCGAGCAGAUGCUGAAACACUCCAAAUGCACAGAUUCCCCAGCAAGCUCUUGAGUUGGCCCAGGGUCCGAGUCCUGGUUUUGCCCAGACCGGAGCCACCCGGAGCCCAGUUCCCUGACUCACUCUUCGGCCGAGAGGUGACAGAUGCAGGCCUUCCCUCCCCCCUGGGAAUGCUGUGGGAAGAGAGGGUAGCGGUGGCUGGGGGGCUGCAGGGCUGGGUUCGGCUCUGGGUCCUUCCAUCCCCAGCCUCCCCUGUGCUCAGAACAAGGACCUCAUGGCUCCCUGGCCCUCCUGGCCCCCAUGGUGGGGGAGGCCAAGUCCCUCUUGGUUUACACAUGGGAGGGACCAAAGAUGUGAAUCAGCUCCCCACCUGCAGCCACGGUUUGUCGUUUGUGUGUUUAAGAAAAGACUGGGGACACGGGGAGCAAAAGAUAAUGUGAAGCGCACACAGACUGCUUCUGGUGUGGGGCAGCAGAGGUCCUCUGCCAGGUACACCCUGGGGCCAGCCCUCUCUGCCCUGUAGGGUUUGGUUUGGUUUGGUUUGGUUUUGAAUAAACUGCUGUUUUGAUCUUCCAUUGUUGGCUCCAUUGUUGGCGGGGAACAGGGGAGGAAGAGCAGGUUCCCAAGGAUUGGGAUGCCAACUGUAUGCCCUCCUACCCACAGCUUAGCUGGGUCUUUCUUGGUGGACUCAGCCAGCACCACGCUGUUGAGAGCUCCCCCCACACACACACACAGUGGUGGUGGUAGGGGGAAGGCAUCCCUCACUGGUGACUGACGCUAGCCAGGAGGCAAGGGAUCACCCUUGACCCAAACUCUCUGCCUCUCAGCCCCCUCCCACAUACUGUGGGGCCAGACCCCCUCCCCCCGCAGCCAACAUGUGAAGACGGUGAUGGGUGUGUGUGACCCCCACCUGCGUUCAUCCUGUGACCCAGGGCUGUGCUGGCCGGGCAGCUGGGUGAGAAGGAGCGGCCUUCUGUUGCUCUGAAUGUUCUGAGUUCAUCCCAGUUUCCUUGCCCGACCUAGCUGGGUGUCGCUGACCAUCCUGGACUCACACACUGUAUGUACAUACUAGCAAUGAUGUUAAAUGUAAUUUAUUUUAACAUUUUUACAAUAAAGCCUUGAAGAUGGACAGGGCA